CGUUCAAAGAGAGAGUCAUUGGUGAAGUGACGCACUGAAAGAUUAGGGACUCUAUGGACAUGUAAAACCCUGAGGAAUGGCCGUGACAUUGCUGAAGAUAACAGGAAAACCUGAUCAACACUAGGGGCCAUUAAUGGAAAAUUCUGAGAUUGUUAGCAGCCUUUAGAUAAGAACCUCCUUCAAUUACAUGCGCGUUUGUGUGUGAGUUUCCAUCGUUAAAGAUGAGGACCUCCUUGGACUGUCAGAAUCCCUUUUUUUCCUUUAAAGGGGUGAUUCUUCUUCUAGAGGAACCCUAAACGUGGAAUCAUCAUGCUUUAGUGCAACUUAAGAUCUAGAGAAAGAUCCCCUUUGCAUUUCACACAUUUACAUGCAAACGUAAAUGCAAGAGAGAGAAAAGGUAUCCUGAAGACAGACUGAUCCAGAGCUUCUGUGGUCCUCUCUCCCACUUACUCAUUGGUUCUGGUUGGGCAGAGUGGCAUGAGUGUGGGCAGGCCCCACCGUUACAGCAUUGUGUCAUCGUCGGAGGAGGAGGUGUAUCGCCACGGCAACAUGCCCGCCCUCGGCAAUGGCUUUGGCAAUGGCAAGAUCCAGACACGGAGGAAAGUGCGGAGCCGCUUCGUAAACAAGACAGGCCAGUGCAAUGUCAGUUUUGCACAUAUGGACGAGCAAUCCCAGCGUUACCUUGCAGACAUUUUUACCACAUGUGUGGACAUCCGCUGGCGCUGGAUGUUCAUCCUUUUCUCCCUUGCUUUUGUUCUUUCCUGGCUUGCGUUUGGUUUUGCCUUCUGGACCAUUGCUCUUAUCCACGGUGACUUAGACCGACCUUCUGGAGAUGACUUCACACCAUGUGUCAUGCAGGUCAACAGCUUUGUUGCGGCAUUUUUGUUCUCGGUUGAGACACAAACCACGAUUGGCUACGGGUUCCGUUGUGUGACUGAGGAGUGUCCACUAGCUGUGUUCAUGGUUGUCAUCCAGUCCAUUGUGGGCUGCAUUAUUGACUCCUUUAUGAUUGGUGCCAUCAUGGCCAAAAUGGCGCGACCUAAAAAACGGGCUGAGACAAUACUGUUCUCGCACAAUGCUGUCAUUGCUAUGCGUGAUGGGAAGUUGUGCUUAAUGUGGCGCGUUGGGAACUUGAGGAAAAGUCACAUCGUUGAGGCUCACGUGCGGGCGCAACUUAUAAAGCCCCGAAUAACAGAAGAAGGCGAAUACAUCCCACUCGACCAGAUUGACAUCAAUGUGGGCUACGACCAAGGUCUUGACCGCAUCUUCCUAGUUGCUCCCCUCACUAUCCUCCAUGAGAUAAAUGAGGAGAGUCCACUGUUUGGAAUCAGCAAGCAGGACCUGGAGACAGCUGAUUUUGAAAUCGUGGUCAUACUAGAAGGGAUGGUUGAGGCGACUGCAAUGACGGCUCAGGUGCGCAGCUCCUAUCUGGCCAGUGAGAUCUUAUGGGGCCAUCGCUUUGAGCCAGUGGUGUUUGAGGAAAAGAACCAGUAUAAGGUAGACUACUCGCACUUCCAUAAAACCUACGAGGUGCCCUCAACGCCACGCUGCAGUGGCAAAGACAUGGACGAGAGCAAGUCCCUUGGACGAGAGUCUGGCGCCAACUUCUGUUAUGAGAAUGAGUUGGCCUUCAUCAGCAGGGAUGAAGAGGAGCAAGAGGAGGAGAGGGGUGAGAGUGCGACUGAGCUAGAGACGCUUUCGGCCAAUCUGAACUUUGAUCAGAGGUCAUUUCACAAAGAAUCAGAAAUCUAACCUUGAUCGUCUCUUUGAGAACUUUGCUUUAUAGUAGUCUAAGCCUAUUCUUCUAGUGUUGGUUUUACUGGAUGGAUACAGAGCAAUGCAAGUGCCAUUCGAAACCCUGACCCACUGUCCUAGAGCCAUGCUGAAGAUGAGGGCAGGUCAGGAAAAGAAAGUGCGUUUUGAAGUUGUCAGAAAUGCAAGGCGUUCUUGUAGGAAAACUUGAAAUCUCAAAUAUCUAUUUCAUAAUGUAUUUUGAAGUGAUAGCUUUAAGCAGUAUCAUAAUGCAAUACUAAGCUAGCCUGGGUGCCAUAUUGACUAAAUCUCUUUCUUGUAAAGACAAUUUGCACAAGCUAGGUUGUUAACCACUAGUGUGUUUGCUUGAAUAUCGAGUAUAACAUGAUACAAUCUGUGUGUGAUCUGCAGCAAUAAAGUGACUUUUAUCCAUGUUCUCCAUA